AUGCAGCACCUCAGCACUGAGAUUCUAAUAGAAAUUGGGAACACUCACUUGGAAUCGUUCUCUUGUUCAGCAGGGCACCCGUCCUCACCACCUGUGGUGAACACUGUGCAUGGCAAAGUCCUGGGGAAGUAUGUCAGCUUAGAAGGAUUCACACAGCCUGUGGCCGUUUUCCUGGGCGUCCCCUUUGCCAGGCCCCCUCUUGGAUCCCUGAGGUUUUCUCCACCACAGCCAGCAGAGCCAUGGAGCUUCGUGAAGAAUGCCACCUCCUACCCUCCCAUGUGUUCCCAAGACCCAGUGUCAGGACAGAUGCUCUCAGAGCUCUUUACUAACAGAAAGAAGAGGAUUCCUCUCAAGUUUUCUGAAGACUGUCUCUACCUAAAUAUUUACACUCCUGCUGACUUGACAAAGAAUAGCAGGCUGCCAGUGAUGGUAUGGAUCCAUGGAGAUGGACUGGUAGAUGGGGCAUCAACUUAUGAUGGACUGCCCCUCUCUGUUCAUGAAAAUGUGGUGGUGGUGACCAUCCAAUACUGCCUGGGCAUCUGGGGUUUCUUCAGCACAGGAGAUGAACACAGCAGGGGGAACUGGGGUCAUUUGGACCAGAUAACUGCACUGUACUGGGUCCAAGACAACAUUGCCAACUUUGGAGGUGACCCAGGAACUGUGACUAUCUUUGGAGAGUCAGCAGGAGUCUGAUGAGGUGCAAGUGUCUCUGUUUUUGUGUUGUCUCUACUGGCUAAGAACCUCUUCCACAGGGCCAUUUCUCAGAGUAGAGUGAUCCUCAAUCCCUGCUUGUUUGGGAGAGGUGCCAGGCCCAUUGCUAAGAAAGUUGUUACUCUUUCUGGGUGUAAAACCACCUCUGCUGUCAUAGUUCGCUGUCUGCACCAGAAGACAGAGGAUGAGCUCUUACGCAUCACACUGAAAAUGAAAUUUGCUGUUCUUCAUUUUCUUGGAUACCCCAGAGACAGCUAUCCUUUCUUGCCCGCUGUGAUUGAUGGAGUGCUGCUGCCAAAGUCACCAGAAGAAAUUCUGGCUGAGAAGAAUUUCCACACUGUCCCAUACAUAGUGGGGACCAACAAGUAGGAGCUUGGCUGGAGCAUGCCAAUGAUGAUAGGCUUUCCACUCUUGGAAGGCAAACUGGAUCAGAAGAUGGCUGCAACCCUCCUGUGGCAGUCGUACCCCAUUCUCAUAAGAAACAUCACUGAGACCCUGAUUCCAGUGGCUAUUGAGAAGUAUUUAAGAGGGACAGAUGAUCUUGAUAAAAAGAAAUACCUGCUGCUGGAUUUGAUGGGAGAUGUGAUGUUUGGAGUUCCAUCUGUGAUUGUGUCCCGUGCCCACAGAGGUGCUGGAGACCCCACCUAUAUGUAUGAGUUUCAUUAUUGCCCAAGCUUCGUAUCAGACAUGAGACCCAAGAUGGUGAAAGGAGACCACAGUGAUGAGCAUUUCUCAGUAUUCGGGGCCCCAUUUUUAAAAGAUGGGGCCUCAGGAGAGGAAGUCAACCUCAGCAAGAUGAUGAUGAAAUUCUGGGCCAACUUUGCUCGGAACGGGAACCCCAAUGGGGGAGGGCUUCCCCAUUGGCCACAGUACGACCAGCAGGAAGGGUACCUGCAGAUCGGAGUCCCAACCCAGGCAGCCCAGAGGCUGAAAGACAAGGAAGUGGCUUUCUGGACUGAGCUGAGAGCCAAGGCGGCAGCAGAGAAGCCAUCACAGAGGGAACAUGUGGAGCUCUGA